CUUCCGCGGCGCGCGCGGCGGAUGUGAGCUCUUUAGAGCUCGCGUUUUCUCGAGGAUGUCUCCCAAAUUGAGUUAGCAAGGCACGGAUGUCAUAGCUCCCCUCCGUGUCCACCUCGAUUAGCGAUGGGAACAGCCCUCAAACAAGCCACAGAAGGGCCAGUAGAAGCAGCAGCAGCAGCAGCAGGCUACACUGAGUCAGUAGCAGGAGCGCCGUACAGGUGGGACUAACUGCAGAGAAAGUCAACAAUGAGGGAAAGUUCAGGAUGAAAAAACUUUGCCCGCCGUCUGCUACUGUUGUGUAUGUUUCCAGAUUGUGAUUUGUACUCUGGAGAUCUUAUGAGUUUACUUAUAAUCAAUGGAUUUGUUAUUGUGACAGUACCUUUUACAAACUCGGACACUGGAUUCAUAUUUCUGUUCACCCACAACACCAUUUCCGAGGACAACAAAAGAUAAUUUAUAACAAUUAAUCGAAACUAUUUCACGUCUGAUUGCAAACAUACUCAUCAUUUUUAUUUUGUCUGCCCGUUUGUUGAUAAAUGAACAACAAUGAGCUCUAAAGCAAAGCUUGCAAUCUAAUGCGGAAGUCCACCAGCUGAUAUGUCAUCUAUAGGUCUAAAUGUGCCUGUUAUUGUUUAACUGAUGCUAAAUUUUGAAGCAUUGUCCACUCGAAUCCAGUCAACGGUAUAACACAAACCAUACCGCUGCUGUACUUGGGUGUGGGUCCACGUUCGAGGAACAUAUCGAUAUAGCAACCUGGAACCUCUAUUAAUUUCAUAUUCAAGAUUGGUUCAGGGCGAUCCAACAAGACCUGACACUUUGUUCAGUCGACUCGCCACGAUACGAAAGCACGGACGCAGUUGCAACUUGAGGAUAAGUGACGAGUCAAAGACGCUCAAAGCAACCAUGCUACAACUUGUUAGACACUAGUAACUCCUAAGUUCAAACUUCAGAGAGGGCUGUGUGGCCUGUCCAAAGGUGAUUUAAAAACACAUUUUCGUCAAAAGUACUUUCACAUUUCACCAUGCAGUACUUUGGAUAUAUUUCCCGACCACCAUCUUGGAAUUAUUGCUGGUAUAUCACCAUCCUUGGAAUAGCUGCCUUCGGCUUGGUGUCCGGAGUCCCAUCUGAUCCUUGCGCCGUCCGAGACCACAUGGGAACGGAGUUCGUGGUGGGUUUCCUGGAGGCGAUGACGCCCGAUGUCAGUCCACAUAUCUACAUCGUGGGCUCACGACGGAGCACAUCGGUGAGCAUCUAUACCAAACAAGGCAACUACACGCUAAACAUCACCCCUUACAGUCCCGUCCAAUCCUUGGACCUCAUGAACCCUGCCAUCGCUGGGUCAGAAGCUAUCGUUGUCAAGGCGGACCAUGAGGUGAGCGUGUACGGCAUCGAUCGAGGUAAUUCCAUGGAUUCCUUUCUGGCUCUACCGAUGGACGCGCUAGGUUACGAAUACUACGUCGUAACGUAUGACAUAGCGGCGCGUAUCCAGCGGGAUCGUCGUGGCUCUCAGUUCAUGGUGAUCAGUACCGACCAUAAUACCCGUGUAAGGAUACACUUCAAACCGAACAACUACUGUCUCUGCAAUGAGCAGAUUGUUUAUUCGGGCACAGAAGUAACACUAGACAAGCUCGAAACGCUCCACUGCCUUGAUCGAGAUUACGACCUGACUGGUACGCAUAUCGUCGCCGACAAACCGAUUGCCGUCUUGUCGGGAAACAAGUGUGCCAAUGUGCCGAAGAACAACCGUUACUGCGAUCACCUAGUCGAGCAGCUUCCACCAGUCAGCAGCUGGGAGAAGGAGUUCAUCACGUCACCGUUGAAGGGAAGGUCGCAUGGGGAUCGCUUUCGGGUGAUUGCUGCGAGGAACUUGACGGUUGUGAGGACGACGACUACCGAUUCUUCCUUUAUCCUCAACGCAGGAGAGUUUAAGGAGCUGGACGUGGGAUCGAAUUCCAGUACCGCUAUUGUUGCUAACAGCCCUAUCCUUGUGAUGCAGUAUAGUAAAGGCGGAAAUGUCGACGGGACAGGAGCCGACCCCUUCAUGAUGCUCGUCCCUGGGAUCGCCCAGUUUGUCAGCGAGGCUCUUAUACCUUCUAUCUCGGUCGCAAUCGGUCCUGAACUCACCAACAAUAUCAACAUCGUCAUCGACUGCAAUGCCAAAUCAAAUCUCUUUCAUGGUAUAUUUCAUUUUCCAGAGGAUAACUUUUACAAUGCGUCUCAUGCAACAGAGGAGAUGCUGAAACGGAAAUUUUGUAUCGCGCAACACAGUCUUGUCCAUAAUCCCGGAUUGUACUUCUUGGAAGACAAAUACAGCGGGUACAAUUCCUUUUCAGUUCUGGUGUACGGGUAUUCAUCAGGCUCGGGCAACGAAGCAUACGGGAUGCCAGCUGGAAUGGUUCUCCGUAACAACUCCUGUGUCCGUCGAACUCCUGCGAGAUUAACCUCAACCGUUCCGCCUGGGGUAAUGUGUUCCACUGUAGGGCCACCGAUGCAACAAAUAUCAAGAUCAGAUCAAAGUUCAGACGGGGUUCGUAACAUCAUUGAUGAUCAUACUGUAUCAGGUGUUCAGACGGAACCGACAACUGGACAUAACUUGAAAUCUCCUACGCGAGGAGGUAAUUACCUUACUGUUGCCAUUAUCAUUGGAAUGUUUUCUUGUGUUAUCAUUAUCAUUUUAGCCAUUUACGUGUGUUUCCUUAAAAGGAAGAUUCGGCGCCUGGAGGCAGAACGGAAGACCAUUAGUCAGCUUCAACUAAGUUCCAUGCUGGUAGGUCCAGAUGGUUACAUUGAUCUUGAUGGAUCGCAGAUAUCACAACGUGAGUACAUGACGCUUAACAACACCGACGGCGUGUGGCGCGUCGGGAAAGUACGACGCGUUGACCGUGCGAUGUUUCGCAGCCUCAGUGCGACGAACGGAAAGUCAACGUCUGCCGCAAACCGAUGCAAUGGUCAGUCCGGGAAUGGGGAGGGUAGUUUUCGGGACAGACGGCUGACAUCGAGUGAAUCGGCGCCACAAGACAUCACUGCCACCAAUGGCAUUCGCAGACAACCCAGUAUAAGCGAAUCGUGUGGCGGCAUGAGCCAGGCGAAUGGUUCAACGGCGGCUCUUAUAUCUAUCAGUCGCCAUGGGAGUAUCAGCGAAGAGCCUAAUGUAGAUUCUUUACCGAUGCUACGUCCACUGGGAACCAGUCGCGCUGGUACCAAGCACACCAGCAUUCAUAUAGACUCUGAUAUUAACCCAGACCUGAUACCGUCAAGACGCCAGCGGAAACACCUGUGGCGCAGUGUGAGCAACCCGGGCGUCAAUCCCUUCUCGGGUGCCCAUGGUGAUUUGAAGGUAUAUUACGAAGUGCCAAAGAACAACAGGCCCUUGACUACGGGCAAUGUCAGCAGUAACAGCAGUACUUCCCAGCACUACGACCGUCCGAGGCGGCAAAGGACUAACAGCGAGGAAAUCUCGCCAGCAGCUAGCAUUUUCUUGACCCAUUUUCCGAAUUCUUUGUCAUCGAGACAGGACGAUGGAUACAUGAGCAUGAAAGACCCUCGUGCAUCGGUAUCAAGUCAGGCCAGUGGGUCACAGGCAGGGGACAUCUCGCACGCCUCUGGAUCCACUGCUAACAGUAUGAUGGACAAGGCUUACUCGUCUAUACCUGAUGAAAAUUUCAACAACGCCAAUGACACCGGUGAUACCGACUCAACUGACUAUACAGAGUUGAAUUAAGCAUGAAAUCUUUUAAUUGAUGUGCAUUAAGAAGGCCGCUGGAAAAAGAAACAACUAUGGUUAUCAUACGGCUUUGUCAAAUUGUACUACUUAGAAUGUCCUUCCUUAAUAUACUUCGCUCCCCGUAUCACUCUGAUAAAAACGUAGCUACGAUUAUAUUGAAUUUUUUAGAUGUGUUAGAUCAACGUGCAAACUAGGAAAUCAGUGCAUGACGUAACAUCAUCUAGAAUGAAGCUCCCCAAGAACCCUAGAGCAUUUGUAAUAUCAGCUUCAACUUGCCACCAGUUUAUAUUCGAACCGUGUUCGUUGAUUAAUAACUGAUUGCAUGUCAGAAUCAGUUAUUUCAGUGUUCAUUAAGUAUUAAACCUAAGCUCAGCAUUAGGAUGUUUAGGAUAACAUCUAUACAAUUUUAUUUCAGCUAGGACCGUUUAAUUUUAUGCAAUUUUACAGUCAACUGACUUGAUGAUUGUAUCGAAAUAUGUAAAUUGCCUGUUUGUUUUUUGCUAUAAUAUUAUGAUAGUACAACCUACUUAGAAAGCCCAACGUAAGGGUUUACACAAUGCUGCAAAUCACUUGUUCGUAAUAGUUGUAUGUAGUUGUAUGAACGAAGCUGUAGAUACAAUGCAGGUUAUGUGACUGGUGCAAUCAUUUAUUUCUUUCAUAUAUCACGUCUACUUCCAAAGUUGGCGAAGAGAAUUAUUAUUAUUAUUAUUAUUAUUAUUAUUAUUAUUAUUAUUAUUAUUAAUCGGUCACAUCGCACUUUUGCAAUAUAUUUAUGGAAGUUACUCGUAUAAUAAUUGUUUUGUGUUUUUUAUUCUAUAGAAAAUGGUU